UAUGGAAACACUCAAAGAAUUACAAUCUAAUCAACACUAAUACCUCUGCCCACACAACACUGCAUCAAAGAUAAUGGCAUUUGGGGGACAUAAUACAUUCAAACUGGCACAAAGUAACCCAACCAGAGGCGGAUAGGUCAGGAAUUCAACAAAAAACAACUUUUCCCCAAAACCAGAGCUCUAACCCGAUUCAUGGAUGAACAAUGCUUGAAGACAGAGUCUGAGGAUGCGGAGGAGAGCUCUACCCAAGGAAAUAACGGUCACAGAGUAGCCAGGAAUGACUCAGAAGUUUGUUGUCAUGGGAAUGGGGGAAGAUGCUGUUCCAGAGAAAUAAGGGAAGGCCGUGAUGGGGAGUGUUCAGAAGAAAGAAAACCCAGAAUCUGUGGUCAUGGGAAGAGACUUGUAUCUUCUUCCAUUUCCUAUAUUUCUCCUUUACACUCACUGCCGCAAUGUAACUCAACUUUAACUGCAAGGUUAGUUGUGAAAUGUGUGUCUCUUCCGAUCCCCAUUCUGCAGAGAAGAAUCCACAUCUCACUGAAGCAUCUCCAGGGGCUGGUAUGACGACAGCCAAUGGGCUGAGUUAUAGACAGAGGAUCCAAGUGCAGGCGGGGAACCUCCCGAAACCCACUAUCUGGGCUGAGCCAGGCUCUGUGAUCUCCCAGGGGAGGCCCGUGGCCAUCUGGUGUCAGGGGACCCUGGAGGCCAAGGAGUACCGUCUGGAGAGAGAGGGAAGCCCAGAAUCCUGGGAUAGACAGAACUCACAGGAGCCCAGGGACAAAGUCAAGUUCUUCACCCCACACAUGACAGAGGACUAUGCAGGGCGAUAUUUCUGCUACUAUCGCAGCGCCACUGACUGGUCAGCACGCAGUGACUUCCUGGAGCUGGUGGUGACAACAGGAUCCUACAGCAAACCAACCCUCUCCGCCUGGCCAAGCCCUGUGGUGACCGCAGGAGGAAACGUGACCCUCCAGUGUGGCUCAUGGAGGGGAUAUGAAGGGUUUCUUCUGUCUGAGGAAGGAGAACACGAGGGCUCCUGGACACUGGACACACAGCCACACUCCAAUGGGGAGACCCAGGCCCUGUUCCCCAUGAGCUCCAGCCACAGGGGGACGUUCAGGUGCUUUGGCUACUACAGGAACAGACCCCACGUGUGGUCAGAACCCAGUGACCCCCUGGAGCUCCUGGUCUCAGGUGUGUCCAGGAAGCCGUCCCUCCUGGACCAGCCAGUCCCCAUCAUAAAUUUGGGACAGAACCUGACCCUCCAGUGUUGCUCUGACGUCAGCUACGACAGAUUCGCUCUGUACAAGGAGGGGGCUCAUGACCUCACCCAGCGCCUCGGCCGGCAGCCCCAGGGGUGGCUCUCUCAGGCCAAAUUCCCCCUCGUCCAUGUGAGCAGCACCCACGGGGGCAGGUACAGAUGCUACGGUGGACACAACCUCUCCUCCAGGUGGUCGGCCCCCAGUGAGCCCCUGGACAUCCUGGUUGUGGGGCUGUAUGAGAAACCCUCCCUCUUGGCCCAGCCGGGACCCUCAGUCUCAACGGGACACAACGUGACCCUGCAGUGUCACUCGGAGACGCGGUUUGACACUUUCCAUCUGGCCAAGGAGGGGUCGGGAGCCCCACCCCUGCGCCUUCCUGCGCUCAACACGGCUGGGACCUUCCAGGCCGACUUCACCAUGAGCUCUGUGAUCUCAGCCCCCGGGGACACCUACAGGUGCUACGGCUCACGCAGUUCCAACCCCUACCUGUUGUCUCAGCCCAGUGCCCCCCUGGAGCUCGUGGUCUCAGGUUCAGCUCCGCAAGAUUACACAGUGGAGAAUCUCAUCCGAAUGGGCAUGGCUGGAUUGAUCCUGGUGGUACUUGGGGUGCUGCUAUUUCAGGCUUGGCAUAGCCAGGGAAGGCCCCAAGACACAAUGAAGACAUAAUACAAGAAGGACAAAUACACCAUUCACAGUGGGAGAGUCUUAAACAGUCUGUGAGAUAUCCAGUGAUUCUGGAGGAAAACUAUGAACUGUCUGCUGAGAAUCUCAUAGGGGAGUAUGCAUCAUUGGGGUGCAGAUACAAUAUCUGGAGUGUUCCCUGUAGAGGACUCUUCCACCAUUAAACUGUGUGCUUUCCA